ACAGAGAAGGCACUCAGAGGGAACAUCCUCGUAGUAAGCGCUCUUUCCCUCUCCACAUUCGCAUUCUCUCACCAGCAGUCAUGAGUGUCAGACACCAGAGCAGAAGCUUCUCAUCCAAAAGUAGUUCACGUCGCCAUGGAGGCGUUGUCAGCAGUGGUUUCUCCAGCCAGACUUAUACUGCACCCAGCAGCUCCAGGAUGAGCUAUUCUGCUGGCUUCCGCCGUGCCGGCUUUGGCGGCUCUGGCUUUGGUGGCUCUGGCUUUGGUGGCUCUGGCUAUGGCAGUCUCGCUGCCAUUGGCGGUGGCGGUGGCUCUGGCUAUGGCGGUGGUGUCGGCAUUGGCAGUGGCAUUGCUGCUAGCUCAGGCUUCAGCCUGGGUAGCAGUGCUAGGGGUUUUGGAGCAAGCUAUGGUCUUGGUUCAGGUAUUGGAGCUGGCUUAAGUGCAGGUGGUGCCUAUGGUGUGGGUGCUGGUUAUGGUUUAGGAAUAGGAGGAGGAGGACGAGGAGGAGGAGGUGCAGGACCAGGUUUUGGCAUUGGUGGUUUUAUGCAACCACCAAUCACUGCUGUCACAAUCAACCAAAGCCUCCUUGCCCCACUACACUUGGAGAUUGACCCCAACAUCCAGAUUGUCCGCACAAAAGAAAAAGAGGAGAUCAAGACCCUCAACAACCGCUUUGCCUCCUUUAUUGACAAGGUGCGUUUCCUGGAACAACAGAACAAGAUGUUGGAGACCAAGUGGAAUCUUCUUCAGGAACAGACCACAUCACGUUCCAACAUUGAUGGCAUGUUCGAUGCCUACAUUUCCAACCUGCGCAGACAGCUUGAUAACCUUGGAAGUGAGAGGAUUAAACUAGAGGGAGACCUGAAGAACAUGCAGGGCAUGGUGGAGGACUAUAAACACAAGUAUGAGGAUGAAAUCAACAAGCGUGCUACUGCAGAAAAUGAAUUUGUUGUCCUGAAGAAGGAUGUCGAUACAGCCUACAUGCAGAAAGUUGAGCUUGAAGCUAAAGUUGAUGGAAUUCAGGAUGAGAUCAACUUUCUCAGAGCUGUGUAUGAUGCGGAGCUGCAGGAGCUUCAGGGACAAAUCAAAGACACAUCAGUCAUUGUUGAGAUGGACAACAGUCGCAACCUGGAUUUGGAUGCCAUUUUGUCUGAGGUCCGUGCUCAGUAUGAGGAGAUUGCCGCUCACAGUCGUGCCGAGGCUGAGUCAUGGUACAAGGAGAAGUUUGAGGAAAUGCAGACAUCUGCUGGCACCUUUGGUGAAGACAUUCGCACCACCAAGGCUGAACUUGUAGAUCUCAACCGCAUGAUCACACGAAUAACGAAUGAAAUUGAGUCAGUCAAGGGACAACGCAUCAGCUUGGAGACACAGAUUAAAGAGGCUGAGGAACGGGGUGAGGUGGCAGUGAAGGAUGCCAAACAUCGUCUUAAGGAACUAGAAGAUGCCCUGCAGGGAGCUAAGCGGGACAUGGCCCAACAAGUGCGUGAAUACCAGGAGCUUAUGAAUGUCAAACUGGCCCUGGACAUUGAAAUUGCCACCUACAGAAAACUCCUAGAAGGAGAGGAAUCUAGGAUUACCUCUGGUGGUGGAACUGCAACAAUCCACAUUCAGGAAACCAGCACUAGUGGUGGUUCUGGACACAGUGCUGGUUAUGGUGGCGGUUAUGGCAGUGGUUAUGGCAGUGGUUAUGGCGGUGGUUAUGGAGGUGGUUAUGGAAGUGGUUAUGGCAGUGGUUUUGCUGGUGGUAUGGGUAUCGGAUUAAGUGGUGGUUUGGGUGGCGGUUUGAGUGGUGGAUUGAGUAGCGGAUUGAGUGCUUCCUAUGGCUAUGGUGGAGGUUCUGGCAUUGCACUGGGGGGUGGCGGUGGCGGCUUUGGUUCCAGCAUUGGUUUAGGAGGUGGCUCUGGAUUAAGUUUAAGUGGACAAAGAGGUGAAUAUUCGAUGUCUCGUUCCUCUAUGAUAUCCAAAUCCAUGCGCCACUAAGCAUCCUGUGCUCAUGCAGUCCAUCCAUGACUACCUCCAGAUACAUCCUUUUUGCCUCUGGAAAAAAAUGUAUUGGAAAAAAAAUAAGACUAAUCAACCAUAGCCAUAGCAUCUCCAUCUGUCAUUCAAUACCACCAUUACCACUACUCACCCACAUUUAUCCCUAUAUAUGCCUAGCACAAUAUACAGUUAUUUAAAGACCAUCCACUGACCUGCAUCCAAUAUGUUGAUGUGUCUCACACAAAGUAUAUCAUCUCAGUGCAAGAAACGAACAGUGAAUAUCUACAGAAAAGAUGGCAUCAAAUGUUUAAAGAAUAAAAGAACUAAAAAAAGACAA